CAUCUAGACGACCUUGGAUUUUUCCGGAUAAUUUCCCAUCCAUCCGAGUAGAAGGUGUAAAGGAGGUUAUAUAUUUAUAUUUUAUUUUAUAUCAGAAUCAGAUUAUUUAUUGUAAAAUAGAUACGAGAGUACAGACACAAAUUCAAAUCAAGUAUCUACUGGUACCAUCUGAAGAAAAGCAAGCUCAGCUCAAAAAGACCCCGCAUCAAUCCAAUCCCGACCAUAUCGCCGAUUUGUAGAAUACCUUACGUCGGAGUUGCGUACUCGGGUUAAGAUUCGCGAGAGAGCUUCUUUUGAUUCUAUACUUGAUUCUGGUCUUUACUAUAUACAUUGCAUUACAUACAUUGUAUAUAUCAUCACAUCACAUCACAUUACAAUCCAUCACGACACGACACGACGUCUUCCAACCAUUGUCGAGAGAUACCUUACUCACUCACUCACUCACUCACUCACCACAACAUCAUCCAACAACCUCACACCCUUCUUUACCCCAACUCACCUCUCUAUACUCCUCACCACCAAUACCAGUACCAGCAUCACCACCACCACCACCUCCAAAAUGUGGACAAACCCUCGUUCUCCCUCUCCCAAAAUGUGGUCACCACGCAAUCCCCCUCCUCAAUCCUCCCACCGAUCCUCCCACUCCCAAUCCCAUCCCUUCUCUCCCCUCUCCCCUCUCACUCCCUCCGGUCCCUCAGGAACCUUUCCCGCUCCAACCCAAAAAUUAAAGAAUCAAGGAAAACGCAUCGCGCAGAUUGUGAAAAUUAAACCGGAAUGCGUGGAAUUGUACAAGGAGUGUCAUGCACGGGUUUGGCCCGAGGUAUUGAAACAGAUUAAAGAGUGUUAUAUGGAGGAUUAUUCCAUCCACUACGACCCCCACCACAACCUCCUCUUCGCAUCAUUCAAAUACGUAGGCUAUGACUACGCAGGGGACAUGGAGAAGAUGCGCGAAAACCCCAAGGUGCGCGAGUGGUGGGCCAUGACGGAUUCGUAUCAGGAGAGUUUGGUCGAGGGCAGCACGGGGAGUACGGAUGAGAGGGGCUGGUGGAAGGGCGUCGAAGAGGUGUUUUAUGUUGCUUGAUGUGGGUGGGAAGGAAGGGAGGAUAGGUGACUUGUCUGUAUCUGUAUAUUCUGAGGAUGAGGAAUAUGUGAUGUGAUUGGAUGUGUUGUGAUUGGAUGAGAUGGGAUGAGAAGGGAUUGAAAUCACGAUUAUGAUGGCAAUUGAAAGAGAAACAGAAACAGAAACAGAAACAAGAAACAGAAGACAAGCGAAAAGAAGUGCAAAGCAUGCAGAGAACAGCAGAAUAAAAAUCCCAAAUAUAAGACAACAUAUGAUAAUACGAUCUAACAUGAUCUUCAUUUCACGCUUGAAAGAAAGACAAUGUCACAAGUCAGAGAAGUUCAUGAAAACACGAUUGAUUCAAUGAU